GACGGCCCUAUGUCUUACCCCUCUUCCAGAACCCUAAGUGUAUAUGGAGGAGCCGGUGGUCGAGGAACCCGGAUCUCCUCAUCCCCCUCUUCACCAAGGGCCUUCAACCUAGCUGAUGGUUUAGACCCGUCCAUUGACGAGAAGGCCACCAUGCAGAAUUUGAAUAACCGCCUAGCCUCCUACCUAGAGAAGGUGCGUUCACUGGAGAAGGCCAACGCUGAGCUGGAGCAGAAGAUCAGGGAGUGGUAUGAAAAUCGCCCUGAUGUCACAUUCGACCACACCAUCUUCCUGGACACCAUCAAGGACCUGAAGAACAAAAUUCAAUUAGCUUCCCAGGACAAUGCCACAUUAAUCCUGGCUGCGGAUAAUGCCAAACUGGCUGCUGAUGACUUUAAGCUAAAGUAUGAGAAUGAGCUGGCCAUUCGUAGGGCCAUUGAAGCCGACAUCGCCAAUCUGAGGAAACUUCUGGAUGAGUGUAGCUUGAGGCGGUCGGAUCUGGAGAUGCAGACUGAGGCUCUGAACGAGGAGCUCAUCAUACUGAAGAGAAACCACGAGGAGGAGAUGUCUCUGGCUAGUGCUGAGGCUGGAGGUCAGGUGAACGUUUGUGUGGAUGCAGCGCCCUCUAUGGAUCUGAACCAGGCCAUGACUGAGAUCAGACAACACUAUGAGGCUGUGACUGAGAAAAACCGUAAAGAGCUGGAGUCCUGGUAUGAGACCAAGAUUGCCACAGUGCAACAGGAGGUGGUCACACAAAAUGAAGAUCUUCAGAACAGCAGAACAGAGCUGAAGGAAUUGACAAACACCUUACAAAGACUACAGAUUGAACUGCAGACCCAUCAGAGCAUGAGGUCAGCCCUUGACGCUGAACUGGAGGAAACACAGGCCCGUUAUGGGGACCAGUUGGCUAGGCUUCAGGCCACUGUUACCAGCCUGGAGGACCAGUUUAGUCAAUUUCAUGCUAACAUUGGCAACAACAAGCGAGAGUACGAAACGCUGCUGGACGUCAAGACCAGACUGGAGCGUGAGAUUGCAGAGUACAGGAGACUGCUGGAUGGAGAUAAGAGGGAGUUCCACAAAAUUGUCACCAAAACGAUCACAGUGUUGGAAACCAUCGUGAAUGGGAAGAUCUUGGAGAGCAGCGAGAGUGUGGAUGUUAAUGAGCGAGAUGACUAACACGCUGCAGCUGUGGACACCACAUGCCUUCUGUUUAAGACCUCUGUAUUGCACACUUACACAGUUAAUGAAGCAAUUGAAAGUUUACUUUUUUGGUAGAUUAUGAACAUGAUUAUCUGAAUGUGAAUUCGUUUUUUUUUCUCUGCAAACCAGUCUGAUUUUCAGCUCUCUGUUAAAUGACAAUCACAUGCCUGAUGUACU